AAAUCGAGAAGUGAAAUUAAUUAUCCCACAAUCUUGAAAAGUACAGCGAAUUAGCAAGAUGAGAGAAACCUUUCAAAUAUUUACUAUAUUUUCAAUUUUAAUUAUCAAAACUCUAGCAAUAGAAUCAACUGACAAUUUGUUUAUAUCGGAACAGAAUCAGACCUACUAUAUUGAAAAUGAGGAAAAGUAUAACUGGUUUCAAGCCUUAACCAAAUGUGCCAGCAUGGAUAUGAGUUUAGUAACAAUAGAUUCCCAGGAGAAAUCUGAUGAUCUAAAUGCAUUAUUAACUAAUACAUUUGGAACAAUAAAUCCUUUAUGGAUUGGAGCCUUACUGAACGAUUUAAGUCCACGCCAGUAUUCAUGGAUAUCAACCGGUGAUAAUUUAACCUACACUAAUUGGGCCGAUGGACAGCCAAAUUUUUUGGCUCGUCAAGAAUAUUGCAUUCAGGUCACUUCAACAGAGGAUCCAGAUCAUCCUAUUCAAUGGGAUGAUGAAAAAUGUUCCAGACCUUAUGGUUUUAUAUGUGAAUAUAGUCGUUAUCAUAAUUUGGAAGAAGAAAUGAAAGAGCAAUUAGCAGAGCAUUUGGCUAUAGAACAGCAAUUGCAAUAUGAAUUGGAUAAAAGUAAACUUUUUAUAAAAUUUCUGUUGGAUUACAGCAAGCCGGAACAUCCUUUGUGCGGAAAUAAGACAAUACGCGAUAUUAUUUUGAAUAUAAAUUGAAAUUAUAAAUUUCAUAAAAUAUCUAAACAUGUAUCUAUAUUAUAUUAAAGGUAACGGGAAUAAAUAUUAAUUACUAUGGUUCUAA